UUUGUUUUUACACUUAUUUUUAUUUUUUUUACUUUUUUGUAUUUUCCAGCGCUGAGUAUCAAAACUGGAAUAUGCAAUUUCACCAUUACUACUCCUGGUCUGUUUGCGUGUGAAAAGGUUUCCUUUGAAAAGCCUUUAAAUGGCGGGCAGGAUGUGAAAGUUUUCGUUUCCAAAAGCCACACAACAAAGAGUUAUAGUGGUGGAAAUGGCGCGGCUAUUUGGGUGGAAUCUGUGGAUAAUAAAGAAUUUACAGUUUGUGUUUUGGAGUACGGAGAUGGUUCUAGUGGGACUACGAAAGUGAACUGGAUGGCGCUGCAAUCUGUUCCUGUUGGCGCUCAACUAGACACAGUCUCGUUGGAUUCUUGGACUACUGGUGAAAAGUGUAAAAGGAUCGCAUUUGAAAAGGUUACCUCUGUUUCCCCUUGCGUUUUCGUUAAGUUAAUAGUUCUUACUCAUUUACUAGGUAUUUCUGUUUGCUCAAACCUAGACACAAGAUUUCACUACGUUAUUUUUUGACCUUUGCCUGACUAAGUCGCUUUAACUUCCUCUUUCUUUAUUUAGCUCGUAGGAGCUGCAGACUUUCCAUUUGUAGUCCUCCUUAUAUCUUUAAGUCAUGCGAUAUAACAUUGUUGCAUUAUAAAAUACGAUUCUUUAUUCGUUUACCAAGAUCUUACAGAUAUUGCUACCUCUAUUUUCUUCCAUCAAAGUUAUCUUGCAAUCUGUCCUCCACUUUUCUUGAUCAUUUCAAUUUUUUUAUUUACAUUAACACCGUACAUCUUUAACAAUCUUCAUAUUUUUGCUAAUUUUUGCUCUAAAAAAUUUAGUGAGAAAGUCUAUAUUUCGAUUCCUUUUGUGACUACGUUGCCAAGUUCAUGAUUAUCAUUUUAUUUGCUGAUUUGCAAAUUCUGUGUUUAUUUCGUAAAACAGUUCUUAGUUUUUCAUCUGCACUAGGAAAUUCCAUCCAAUUUGCUUCUUUCAAGUUCAAAAUGAUUUUUUCUAUCACACUUCCAUCGUUUUAUAUCAUACCCUUGUUUGUUUGAAAGAUAGAUGUAAUUGAUUAUUUAUUUCCUUCUCUUUUACUUUUUCAGCGUUUCUCAAUUCCUCCGAGCAUCUACGUAACAGCUCGUCACCAAAUUCUCAAGAGACCUCAGGACGCCUUGGCAUUGUGGGUAGAGGAUGUACGCAGAGACAGUUUUAAGGUUUGCCUCAGGGAAACUAAGAUUUUUGAUGGUCUGCAUAAAAACAUCAAGGUGGUAAGUGAAUUCCUUUUGUUACCUGUUACAUGUUUGAAAGUAGACCCACGCGACAACCAAGCGGUUCCUCCCUUACUGCAACUUACAGGGGCUGUGCCCUAGCAGAACCCAGUUGCCUCUGAGCUCUACCUUUGCUCUUUGCCUACUAGGAAAUCGUGGCUUUUUUCAUCCUAUCCUAGAUCCUAUGUUGGGAACCCUAUGUUGGGUACCCUGUGAUUUACACAGGUUCAGAGCAAUGGGCUCCCAGUCUCUUAGAAACAACCUUGACUUGAGAAAGAAUAUAUUGAUAACACAGUUAACACUUUUUCACUUGUCCUUCAGGACUGGAUAGCAUUUGUUAAGCUGAUGACGCUGAAUUCUACCUUGAUCCAUGGCCUUGUAACAACAAAGAAUAACUCACCACUAAACAAGCAACAAAGCAAGGCCCUCUGUCAGGUAAAGUAACUAAUAAACUAUACUGUUUUGGUUUCUCAGUCACUUAUAUUCAUAAACAGAAAAUAUCGUCAACCAUUUAAACAACAUAUUAUCGUCAACUAUUUAAACAACAUAUAUCAUAUACCGCAUAUGUGUAUAAAAACUUAAUAACGCUGAUUCUUUUCUUGUUUUUUUUUAGAUAAUAAAGUUCACUCAUGCUUUAUAUGCCCCUCCGAUAGUAAUGGUUUCACCAAGACUCAGUUACCAUAACAACAACUCCCGUUUCUCGGCUUCUGGAACUUGUAACGCAGUUACUGCGUGGAUUCAGGUAACAUAUGAAACUUGGAGCCAUUUUUCUUAGCCCAUUGCGUCCUUAGGCUGCCUUCUUAUCUCUUCCCUUCGAACUUACUUUUAGCAUUGUCUCAGUUUCAAUUUUUCACGUCGUUUAAGGAGUCCAUACGGUCAGGUGAUGAUGGUCAGCGGAUACUGUAGUUUGACAGCUGUGAAUUGAUUGAACUUCAUUAGAAUGGCAAAUUUUCGAAUAAACGGACUGUUGACCGCAAGUGUUAGUAAGACAUUUCAGUCUGGCAGAUCGUGUAUUUGAGCCCACGUUGUUAGUGAUCUGAUAGUGGUCUUCACGAGUCCCAUUUUGACAGCUGUCUUCUUUUUUCACAAUUUUUCCAACCAACCUGUGCACGCCACGGUUUCGCUUUCUAAACGACCUUUGGUAGUGACAUAGCAGUUAAGGUAAGAAAAUACCUGAUGAUGCUUAAUGAUGGAUAAUCUGAUAAUUCUUAUUAUUGUGUCUAGCAUACCUUUACAAACGAAACCGAGGUGUGUAUGAGAAGAUACAGCAAUAACGCCAAUUAUAAGGACAUCGUACAACUGGAUUACCUGGUGAUUGGAGGUACGUAAACAAUAAUUAUAUCAAAACCUUGGUGAAGGCUGUAUGCUGCAGUGUAUCAAGUACAUUUUAUGACAUGAAUCUUUUGAAGUUGUUUCAUGCAGGGCUUUUUUUCUCUAAUUGAUGCUAUUUUUUUGUUGUCUCUAUUUUUGGGGAUUGUAGAUUUGGUUUACUGAGCUGAAAAACGGGAUCAUAUGCAUUCUUAUCCUUUUCUUAGAGUCGCCAGUGUUGUUGCAUCUACCUGCAAUGCAUCUUAUUGGCAUCUUAAAGCAGUUUCAGCUUGUAAAUUGGACGAAGUUUUGUAGAAUCUAUACUUUUUUUCUUGUAUCUAAAGUCACGUGUUCCUUAAUUUGCGUUACAGUUUCUUAAAAUACGUUAGAGCCCCUUUGUUUCCGGGAGGCAUCCGAGUGAAGACUUGCACGAAUGGUGUGCCAAAGUGGCGGUAAAUUUGAACGUGUCAAAAAAUUCUCUUUAAUAACAUUGUGUUCAAAGCAAUUUUUUUUUUCUCGCACGUUCUCAUAGUAAUGUGCAUUUUCAAUUCUAAAAAAAUAACUUUUUAAGUUAUGGGCGCUUUAAAUCCAUCUGUUGUUAUUUGCUUAAUUAUCUUCAGACUUGGAUCCCUGCAUAGACGUUACGUGUUAUUAUCACAGCUUCUGUAAGGCGUUUGGACCCCAUGAUGCACGCUGUGUAUGUGUGGAUAGCUGCCCAUCUUACAAAGAACCCGUUUGCUCAUCAAAUGGCACAACGUACGACAACAGAUGUUUGUUUGAAAGAGAAGUUUGUCUACAUCGACUAAACUUAACCGUGCAACAUCCUAGCAGCUGUGAAGGUUAGUACAAUUGUUUUUGAAUCUGUUAAAAAGUGAUUUUUCUUUUUAUUAGAUUUCAGUAUUAAUCCCUUAGUGAAUUUUUCGAAUGAGGUAUUUACUUAGCCAUGUAAUCUGGAGGGAAAAACGGCGAUAGAUGCAUGACUUUAUGGAAGUACAGAAUUUCACGUAAUUUUGCUAAAACGUUUGUCAUGCACAGGAGCAAUGCUAAUAAGAAUACUGGUCAGAAAAAAUGGCGGACACACUUAUAUUUAAGCAUUUUCAGUCAAUACUAAACGAAAAUAUUUGUUUUUUUCUUUAUAUAUGUAUCACUGAAAGAAAUUUAAAACUAAUUCUUGUCUCUCUGAGAUUAGUAGUAUAGUAGUAGUAGUAGUAGUAGUAGUAGUAGUAGUAGUAGUAGUAGUAGUAGUAGUAGUAGUAGUAGCAGUAGCAGUAGCAGUAGCAGUAGCAGUAGCAGUAGCAGUAGUAGUAGUAGUAGUAGUAGCAGUAGUAGUAGUAGUAGUAGUAGUAGUAGUAGUAGUAGUAGUAGUAGUAGUGGUAGUAGUAGUAGUGGUAGUAGUAGUAGUAGUAGUAGUAGUAGUAGUAGUAGUAGUAGUAGUAGUAGUAGUAGUAGUAGUAGUAGUAGUAGUAGUAGUAGUAGUAGUAGUAGUAGUAGUAGUAGUAGUAUAGUAGUAGCAGUAGUGGUAGUGGUAGUGGUAGUGGUAGUGGUAGUGGUAGUGGUAGUGGUAGUGGUAGUAGUAGUAGUAGUAGUAGUAGCAGCAGUAGUAAUAGUAGUUGCAAUAAUCGUUUGCAUUUCGUACCCGGACGUAGCUCUGCCUGACAUAUCUGGAUAACCUUUCCUAGAGUUAUAUCUUUUUAAGCAUAACUGGAACUGAAUCUUUUCUUUGCGAGAAGUAGUAGUUACAGUGAAUGUUCACUUUCCUUUCCUUUAGCGCUUAUAGGCUUGACCAUUUGCCACCGUGUAGCUCUGCUCAGGAUGCAAGUUCUAAUCUCUCCACUGCUUGCCAUGCUAUUUACCUAAUGCAGUGACAAGCGAUACAUUGUCCGGUGUGAAGUUUCCCUGAACUUCUAUAGUAGAGAGUAACAACCCUCUUUAUUAGACCCACUCAUUUGCUGUUCUGUUAACAUUUUUAAGUUCUGGGUAAAUGCCCUUUGCUCCGCAUGCUUGUCAUACUAAUCUAUAGUUCAUCUUGAAAUGUGUUUUCUAGGAUUUCCUUUUCAGCGUGGUCGUCGCCACAUGCCACAUUUUCCAUCCUUGGGCUACUCUCACUGUCAUGCCAUUCAUUUCAAACCGUUUGUGUUUUACCCUGACAAACCCAUUCAAGUGCAGAUAACUGUCAAUCAUAUGGAUACCAGUGACAAAUCGUAUGUCCAUGACGCGGCAGUAUUGUGGGUUGAAAAUGUGAAUAACGACGGAUUCACUGCUUGUGUGAUGGCGGCAGGAUAUAACGAACGAAAGUCGUAUGCUAACGUGACAGUUGAUUGGAUGGCGUACCAAGGUGCUCCAGUGGGUGGCGUGACUGGUGAAGUGCGCAUGUCACAGUGGUGGACUGGUACGACUUGUGCGACUGUCAGGUUUCCUACAGUGAGUGGCCUUUGUUGGGCUUUCUUGUCCUUUCCAUUCUUUUCAAGAUCAUAUCUUUUGAAACGCCUCACUUCUACUGAGUUCACUCAGUUAAUAACAGAUCGUUUUCAAUAUGCAUCAGCAGUGAUUUGUCGUAAUGGUGCAGCCGUACACUUAUGACCAUUAGUCGAACAAUGUCAUGGUAGUACAAAUUAUUCUUUUACCAAUUUCCAGCAUAUCACAAAUGUCAUGGGUUCCUUUUUGCAAAAAUACGAAAUUAAUUCCUGUUCGUAGCUUUCUAAGAGUUGAGAGUUGCCUAACUCGCAUUUAUUUUUCAGGGAAAAUUCUCUGUGAUACCGUCGGUAUUUGUGACUGCCAAGCUUUACAAUCCAGGAUUAAAACGUGACGCAGCAAGCAUAUGGAUUGAAGAUGUCACACAAUCAUCCUGCAAAGUUUGCUUGAGAGAAUUGCAAAACUACGCUGGAUCACACCAAGACGUUGUUGUUGUAAGUAACGCUAAUCUCAUGCAGUCGAACGAACAGCGUUUUUCUUUGGAAACUAAGUGCAGCAGACUGGUAUCUUUCUUCAUCUCAUCUUUUCGCUUUUUUACGCUUCCAGCAGUUGGUCCAGCAGAGAUGCACGAUUUUUUGCUUGAAAAUAUAUUUUCCUCCAUCUGUUUCCUCUUCAUCCGGCUUUGUCAACCUGACCAUGUUAUUGCUUUCUUGUAACCUAAGAUGUCGGUGGCUGUUUUAUAUAAACCUUGUUGAGAGAUUACCAUUUAUAUUUUAUUUUCGACGUUGACACAAUCUUUUGGUAGUUAGGACGUGAGACUGAAAAAGAAUUCUUUCUUUCUAUUAUUAUUUAUUUAUUUACUUUAUUUCAGACUUGGUUAGCGUUUUCAUAUCUUGACGAGCCUCCCUUCUCAGAACACAAUUCGAUUUACUUUUCGAACGAUAAACCUCCCGCGCAGAGUCACUAUAAUGCCUUCUGCAAGGUCAGUAUUCCAGUCCUUUCAUUAGUCUUUUGGGUUUCAAUUCCCGUCACAGUGCACUUAAUUUCAUUGAAUAAAUUUACUAUCAGAGAGCAAAAGAAAACGGUUCCCCUAUCAUGUCUCUAGUGAUGGUAGUUGCAUUUAAUCAGUUUAUCAGGCUGCCUGUCAUAUUUCAGUGAAUAUUUAAAAUGAAAAUGAAAUAUAGAUUAUAAAUGCCCUAAUGCGGAACAAGUCUUUACCUUUAUAUAAAUGUCAGAGACUAAAUUUUUACAUUUAUGUAAUUUCUUUUCACAGGACGCUACUUUUGCUAAAGUUUAUAACUCAACUCCACAUGUGUUUGUUUCUGCCAAUCAUUCCACCAAAAAUGGAAGUCAGAGUCCAAUUCAUAACAGCAUAGCUGAGUGGGUAGAGGUAUGUUUUUAUUUAUCUAUUUAUCUACUUUUUCAUUUAUUUUAUGAAUUUCUGUAACAUACCACUUGCAACCACACUUACAUGUGUUGUGUGCACGUUUAAAAACCUUAUGAAUUUCAAAAUACGAAUGACUGUAAUUAACACUCUCUAUUUUACGAUACAGAUAGCGUCCUAUUGAGAAUAACAGCUUAUAAAACGCCAAACGAGCGGAAAACAGCAGAAAAGUUUAAUUUUAUCCGUUUAACUAACGAUCAGGCAAAACCCUGGUAAAAUAGCCAUGAAUUAUGGAAAGUUGUUAAAACUGUGUUUUAAAAAGCUGUGCAGCAGUAUAGGAGAUGGUAAGCCGCUGUUUUGUUUUUCCGGGAGACAAAUGUUGUCAACAAAAAGCAAUAGGAAAACUAAACUUGAUGUUAAGCAAGCGAGAAUGAGCUAAGAGAGCGAAUUUCUGGGCCCCAUGAUGAUUAUUUGGAAUCUAUUGAAAGUUCGCACGCGUGCGAUGAAGGUUAUUUUUAUCUGCUGUUUCCUUGACCCGCGCGGUCUACUUUCCCGUGCACGACAUAAUAAUUUCGUCGCCAAACAUUUGAAGUUUGGCAGCAGUUAUAGCAAUUAUCGCAUGAGAGGUUUAAGUCGUUGACAUGUAAUAACGCGUACUCAAUUGUCCUCUUUCCUCUUCCCUUUGAAGCCCUGUCAUGCAAACUUGUUAACAUGUGUCAAUCUGAGAAAUAUGGAAAGUCUUUCUAGUGAACACCUACCUGAACUGUUCUAUAGUUUUUUUCUACUAGCAAGGGAGAAAAAACGCCGUCAGCCGUCUGUGUGAACUACUUAAUGAGCUGAUAAACAUCCCUUUCUUGCAGUACAUCAACAAGACAGGCUUUCGUGCUUGUGUCAAAGAAUUAUAUGAAGCAAAAUAUGACCCACUGUCAGUAACGUACACAGUGUUGUCAGGUAAGUGCUCCACUGCUUCAAAACUAAUAAACUUCAGUACUUACAAGUCUCUGAAUAAUAAUAAAAAAAGAAUACAAGCAAUACACAAAAGGAAUGCACAAAAACUGGAGGAAAUAAAAAAAAUUGCAUUCGGGUGAUGAUGAAAAACAGCGUUCAUCCCUUUUUCCAAAUACAUAUUAAUGUGUAUACUGGAGUGCUUUAUAAAGCUUGCAGUAGUUUUUGUCUUAUGUAUUGCCUUUAUUUUGUCCUGAACACAAAGCUUCUGCUUUUCCAUUUCUUUUUUUAAUCGCAAAAGCGGAAAUAACCAAAAUGUUCGAAGCACAUAACUGCACGUAAAGCUAUACAUUUUAAGCAAUAUGAUUAUAUGCAGUUCACAAAUUCCUACUUUGUAUACGCGCAGACAUCUGUCCAUCUGGAUGGGAUUACUUCAAUGGAUACUGCUAUUUAUCAAGCUCUGUAUGCGCACCUUGGGUGACUGCUGUGUCCAACUGUUCAGCAAUGAACUCAUAUCUGGUAACAGUACACAACCAAGAGGAAAAUGUCUUCAUUCAGCACCGUCAUAAUGGAGAGCGAUCAUGGAUUGGACUUAAUGACCGAAGCGUUGAGGGAUCAUUUGUCUGGACAAGCAAGGAAAUAACCAGUUUUCGGUUCUGGGCUCCGCAACAACCAAACAACUGGAAAAACGAAGACUGUGUUCACACUCUGGGUGCCAAUGAUGGCUACACUUGGAACGAUGUUUCCUGCGAGAACUGCUAUAACUAUACUUGUGUUCAAGGUAAAAGAGGUCAUCAGGUCCGUUUUACAAUUUACAUUAAAUGAUCUGUUAGUUGGCACCUGAGGGAAUCUUAUCUUCUGUAAAGGGUUGUGGCUUACUUCAAUAUUUCAUGCCAGGAAUGUAACCAAAACAUCAAAAAAGCCAUCUAAUGUAAACGCGCAUGAAUGUAGUAUCAUCUUUCAGUCAUAGUUAGUAGAGGAGAUUGGUUAUAAAAGCCGACAAACGGCAUCAAAGCUUAAGAUUUUAACAAAGGUGCUGCAGUUUAUGUUGGUAGCUAUCUUCUUUUAUUUUCUCACAAAAUGGAAUGAAUAAAUUAAUGCGAUGUUUUUAUAGCCUGUGUACAGACGCCCCCUCCCCCUUUUUUUGAGGGGAGGAGGGCGUCUGUACACAGGCUACGAUUUUAUUGGUGACAGGAUCAAAAUGAUAGGAAUGGUAUUGAACUUUUCACAACGUCGGUCAAGUCCGAAAAAGGUAACCAAAAAAAAUUAUAAAGACGUUUGUAGGACUUCGAAGCCACUCCACUUUUAUUAACUUUGCUUCAGUUUAUGUGUCAAACCUGACCGAAAAUAUCAAGGAAAAAAUGGGCACGCGACCGAGCUUAUUCGACAGUGUCCAGUGUUUGACAAAUUCAAAGAAAUUUCCUUUUUUUCUUUUCAAGAGUUUUUGUGUGAAUUCAAGUUGAGAAUAUCAUUUUAGAAAAUAUACACGUAUCAAUGUCAUUGAUCAACAAUAGAACAUGUGAGUGAAUGAAGCGCCGUGAUUUCUUUCAGAAAUUGACGAAUGCACAACUAACUAUCACAGAUGUAAUGUGAAUGCUGCUUGCCAGAAUACCGUGGGCUCAUACAAAUGUACUUGCAAAGCUGGAUAUUCUGGAAAUGGCCGCAAAUGCGUUGGUAAGUACUGAAGUUUGCUUUCAGACAUCGUCCAUAUUUUGCCCUAAAACUUCGCAAACUGACUGAAUUCAUUCUUUUCUGAUGUUGUUUGUUAAUUAAAAAAAAGUAGUUUACGUGUCUUUAGUAUCUUUUUACGGACAUCAUACUGUAUAUGUACAGUGCUGUAAUUAAGUUUUUCAUUUAUCUAUUGUAGUCGUAAAUUUCUUAUAAUUUCGAAAUAUUUCUUAUAGGCUCUCAGUCUAAGGCGGCAACAAUAAGCCACCAACCUUUAGUGGUAAUUUAAUGGAUUUUGAGCAAACAUAUAGUCUGCCCUUUUGCUUCGCAAACUGAGUGUUGAGUUUAUUUAUAGACUAGAUAAAUAUGCUUUGUUGUGUAUGUAUAGUACUGUUAUUGAUUUCUCUAUCUUUAGUAUUCGAAACUUUCUAAUAAGCCUCCAGUCUAAGGCGGCACCAACCUUUAGUGGAUGGAUUUUGAGCAUUAUACUAUCGCGUAAUUUUUACGUGACUGCGUAGGCGCGUUAGUUUUAAGUACGUAAAAAUAAGUAAGUAAAGUAAGUAAAAUAAGGGUUAUUUAUGAAGCGCCCAGUCUAAGCGGGCACCAACCUUUAGUGGAUGGAUUUUGAGCAUUAUAAAAAUACUUGCACUAAUGUAUGGAACAACGUUAACACGAAUUUUCACUCUUUCAAAAAACUGGUAGGUGUACUUCCGUUUGAGGACAUAUUUGGUUUGAAUUUAAGAAUUUUAUUGGUAAUAACCUUAUAGUUUGAUAUGAUUAAAAAAAACCUCGAAAAUAAAAAUUUCACUUUUAGGCCUCAAGUUCGCACGCGUGUGGUAAAUUUUAAUUAAUAUCUGCUGUUUCCUUGAGAUGAAAGCAUUGUGUCCAGUGUUUGACAAAUUCAAAGAAAUUUCCUUUUUUUUCUUUUCAAGAGUUUUUUAUGAAUUCAAGUUGAGAAUAUCAUUUUAGAAAAUAAACACGUAGCAAGGUCAUCGAUCAACAAUGGAACAUGUGAGUGAAUGAAGCGCCGUGAUUUCUUUCAGAAAUUGACGAAUGUACAACCAACUAUCACAGAUGCAAUGUGAAUGCUGCUUGCCAGAAUACCGUGGGCUAAUACAAAUGUACUUGCAAAGCUGGAUAUUCUGGAAAUGGCCGCAAAUGCGUUGGUAAGUAGUGAAGAUUGCUUUUAGACAUCGCCCAUAUUUUGCCCUCCACUAAAACUUCGCAAACUGACUGAAUUCAUUCUUUUCUGAUGUUGUUUGUUAAUUAAAAAAAGUAGUUUACGUGUCUUUAGUAUCUUUUCGCAGACAUCAUACUGUAUAUGUAAAGUGCUGUAAUUAAGUUUUUCAUUUAUCUAUUGUAGUCGUAAAUUUCUUAUAAACUCUCAGUCUAAGGCGGCAACAAUAAGCCACCAACCUUUAGUGGUAAUUUAAUGGAUUUUGAGCAAACAUAUAGUUUGCCCUUUUGCUUCGCAAACUGAGUGUUGAGUUUAUUUAUGCUUUGUUGUGUAUGUACAGUACUGUUAUUAUUUUCUCUAGCUUUAGUAUUCGAAACUUUCUAAUAAGCCUCCAGUCUAAGGCGGCACCAACCUUUAGUGGAUGGAUUUUGAGCAUUAUACUAUCGCGUAGUUUUUACGUGACUGCGUAGGCGCGUUAGUUUUACGUACGUAAAAAUAAGUAAGUAAAGAAAGUAAAAUAAGGGUUAUUUAUGAAGCCCCCAGUCUAAGGCGGCACCAACCUUUCGUGGAUGGAUUUUGAGCAUUAUAAACAAACUUGCACCAAUGUAUGGAACAACGUUUUACACGAAUUUUCACUCUUUCAAUUAAAACAAUUACCAAAACUGGUAGGUGUACUUCCGUUUGGUGAUUGGAUUGAAUUUAAGAAUUUCAUUGGUAAUAACCUUAUAGCUUGAUAUGAUUAAAAAAUAAACUCGAAAAUGAAAAUUUCACUUUUAGGCCUCAAGGUCGCCCCAAUUCAGACUGAAGACAAUAUAAAGCCCCAACGGGGUGUAAAUAAAGGAAAGUCGGAAGGAAAUGUCGAGGAAGGUAUCGCCUUGUUGUUUUUGGCGCAUGAAAUCAAUGUUUUAUAAUUUUGUCUUUGUUUAUAGAUAUCGACGAGUGUAAGAGCAAAACCCAUAACUGUGACAAAAAUGCGGUAUGUAAGAACGCUGAGGGGUCCUUUACUUGCACCUGCAAUCGCGGUUACAAGGGAGAUGGAAAGAAGUGUAGAGGUAACUAUCUAGCACUCUUUUAGUAAAGGUUGGUUUCCACUAUCGCGUAAUUUUUACGUGACUGCGUGAGCGCGUUAGUUUUACGUACGUAAGUGAAAUAGGGGUUAUGUAUGAAAGGUCGCGCGUAAAGGUAAAAGUUGACCCUUGCUAAACUUAACGCGCGCUCAUUUUACGCGCAUACUCACGUAAAUAUUACGCGGCAGUGGAAAUCCACCCUAAGUUCUAAUAACCAAAGAUAGUUUAUACAUCCAGCACACUCGCUCAUUCCAUUGCUUGUAUUUAUUCCCCCUGGCACCGGUUGUUCAAACGUUGAAUAGCGCUUUGCAUCGGAUAAAUCACUACCCACUACUGGAUGGCUAUUUAUUCAGCUUUUGAACAACUGGGCUAUGUAACUUUGUAACCCCACCAUAUCCGCAGAAGCCACCGGUUUAUCUGUAACGUAGAAUUAUAAGAGGAGAAUGUCAAGAAAGAAGUUUUGAAGUUAUAUAUACCUGCCUUGUAAACGUAAAAUAAAUGCAAUUUAUGUUUGUCUUUGUUUUUUUCAGAAAUCGACGAGUGUACAAGCAAAAUCCAUAACUGUGACAGAAAUGCGUUAUGUAAGAACACUGAAGGGUCUUUCACUUGCACGUGUAAACCUGGUUACAAGGGAGAUGGGAAAAAGUGUAAAGGUAUAAAUAUCUCAAUAGCAUACGCAAUUAUCGCGUUGUCUGCUUUUGUUAGUUAAACACAUUUGUCAUGGAUUCUUAGCUAUGAACUGGAACUAGCCUACAUCAACGGGCUUAAGCCAGGGAAUCUGUUCACAUGCAAUUAUUCUUUAAUGAUUUUCCUCCCUAAUAGCCUCAACUCAAAGUUACCUCCAGCAACAGGAAUCACUACUCUUUGAAAACGAUUGCAGGCUUGAUUAAUUCAGUAAUGGAGCUUUCUGAAACUAUCUUCACUUUUUCUUUAGUUUCAUUUUACGCAGGCGAAUUGUUAAGGCUUUUUUUAAAUUCUUUUGUUAACCAUUUAUCAACCACGUUUUCUUCUUUCAUUUUCACCUUGAGUUUACACGAAGAUUAAAGUGAAAUUCUCGUUUCUCCAUAGAAGCUUUGCAAACUUUUUCCAAACAACGAAUUUUUCAAAGUUGAUCUCUAAUGUUGAUAUCUAUUUUGUUGUAGCGACACGCGGAAUGUUUUCCUACGAUCCCGCUCAAUCCUGCAAAGAAAUCAGGGACUUAGGUAUCUCCAAUGGCGACGGGGAGUACUGGAUUGACCCUGGAAGGACUAAUAGUCCUUUUGAGGCAUAUUGUGACAUGACAACUGACGGAGGUAAGGUUUUAGUUGAAGCUGACACUUCUUUUAUGCUGGUACGUCUUAUUUCAUGAAGUAAGUUCAAUAAAUUCUCAAUAACUAUAUUGGUAUUUCAUAAAUGCAUUGUUUGCGCCAGGCCUCGUUUCGGGGUCAACUUGAAAGACUGCUUAGCGAAUCACGGAUAUCUUAGUUCGCGUGAGUGAUAUUAAUAGAGCUUACAGCGACUUUGGCUGUGAACUGAAUAUUACUGCUUGUUUUGGCCCACAUGAUUGAUAAACAUUUAUUGAAUUUCAGGGGGAUGGCUUCUUGUUUCCAAAGUUGUUUCGCACGGUUCAUCUUCCACUCAGAUUCCAGUUAAGACUUCGUACCGCGGAGUAAGCAGCAAAGAGAUGGUGCUCACAAAAAGCGCCAUGAAGGAGCUGAGAAAGCACAUGCAUUUUACUCAGAUAAGAUUUCACUGCAAGAAAAGAGGAGGUCGUAGAUUUCACAUCACCACGGCUGCUAACAGCACAGGUGAAGCUGUUGUCAAAUACUUCAGUGGUGAGACAGAUGUGAUGCCCGCCUCUUGUGGCUCGUUUGUUGUCAUGAGCAACGACAACUCGCGGUUAGCAAGACUCUGCCAAUACUGGGGAUACGCAAAGGGUUCUUAUAAAAUUGGAAAAUGGGGUCAUGAACACGAUCACGAUCGGUUGUACAAUCACGCUGCUUUUGUAUGGGACUACCCUCGUCAAGGAGUGGGGAAUCAUUUAUGGAAUAUUCUGCCAGCUAGCAGAUGGGAAUGCGACGAUUCUCCUUCCGUUUCCAGAGUGUCCCCUGGCGAUUUCUGGAAAAUAUUGGUUCGCUAG